CUGCGGCACGGACGGCGCAGCCUCCUCCUCCUCCUCCUCCUCCGCCGGCGGCCCCGCAGUCCGGCCCGGGAGCGCGCCCACCCAUGGCCCUCGGGCCGCCGUCCCUGCGCCCAAGCCCAGCGCGCAGCCUCCGCCGCUCGCCCGGGGCCGCCUAGCCCCCGAGCGGGGCGCGAUGCCGAACGCCUCCCGCCUGGACAGAGCGCUCAGGAUGUCCCUGCCCCGAAGGUCGCGGAUCGGCUCGUCCGUUGGACCUGUUCGUCCUUCUUCGGGCUACAGGAAGGCGGAGGAUGAGAUGUCCCGGGCCACGUCUGUUGGAGACCAGCUGGAUGCACCAGCCCGCACCAUUUACCUCAACCAGCCGCAUCUCAACAAAUUCCGUGACAACCAGAUCAGUACGGCCAAGUACAGCGUGUUGACGUUUCUACCUCGAUUCUUGUAUGAGCAGAUUAGAAGAGCUGCUAACGCCUUCUUCCUCUUCAUUGCCUUAUUACAGCAAAUUCCAGAUGUAUCUCCAACAGGAAGAUAUACCACCCUGGUGCCAUUGAUCAUUAUUUUAACAAUCGCAGGCAUCAAAGAGAUUGUAGAAGAUUUUAAGCGGCAUAAGGCAGACAAUGCAGUUAACAAAAAGAAAACGAUAGUGUUAAGGAAUGGUAUGUGGCAUACCGUUAUGUGGAAAGAGGUGGCGGUGGGAGACAUUGUGAAGGUCGUCAAUGGGCAGUAUCUUCCAGCAGACAUGGUCCUGCUAUCCUCCAGUGAACCUCAGGCGAUGUGUUACGUUGAAACAGCUAAUCUGGAUGGGGAGACAAACCUUAAAAUUCGUCAGGGUUUGAGUCACACUGCUGACAUGCAAACAAGGGAAGUAUUGAUGAAGUUAUCUGGAACCAUAGAAUGUGAGGGACCCAAUCGCCACCUCUAUGACUUCACUGGAAACUUGCACGUAGAUGGGAAAAGCCCUGUUCCCCUUGGGCCCGACCAGAUCUUAUUAAGAGGUACACAGCUUAGAAACACUCAGUGGGUCUUUGGCAUAGUUGUUUAUACUGGACACGACACCAAACUCAUGCAGAAUUCCACAAAAGCACCUCUCAAAAGAUCGAAUGUUGAGAAAGUGACCAAUGUGCAGAUCCUGGUGUUGUUUGGCAUCCUCUUGGUCAUGGCCUUGGUGAGCUCGGUGGGGGCCCUGUACUGGAAUGGGUCUCAAGGUGGAAAGAACUGGUACAUCAAGAAGAUGGACACGACCUCGGAUAAUUUCGGCUAUAACCUGCUGACGUUCAUCAUCUUGUACAACAAUCUGAUUCCCAUCAGUCUGUUGGUGACUCUUGAGGUUGUGAAGUACACUCAAGCCCUUUUUAUAAACUGGGACACAGAUAUGUAUUAUCUAGGAAAUGACACCCCUGCGAUGGCCAGGACCUCAAACCUUAAUGAAGAGCUGGGGCAGGUGAAAUACCUAUUUUCUGAUAAAACUGGAACUCUUACAUGCAAUAUCAUGAACUUCAAGAAGUGCAGCAUUGCUGGGGUAACCUAUGGUCAUUUUCCAGAAUUGACAAGAGAACCAUCCUCAGAUGAUUUUUGCCGGAUACCUCCUCCCCCUAGUGACUCAUGUGACUUUGAUGAUCCUAGGCUCUUGAAGAACAUUGAAGAUCAUCAUCCCACAGCUCCGUGCAUACAGGAGUUCCUCACCCUUCUGGCCGUGUGCCACACCGUCGUCCCUGAGAAGGAUGGAGAUAACAUCAUCUACCAGGCUUCUUCCCCAGAUGAAGCCGCUUUGGUGAAGGGAGCUAGGAAGCUGGGUUUUGUCUUCACCGCCAGAACGCCGUACUCGGUCAUCAUAGAAGCCAUGGGACAGGAACAGACAUUUGGAAUCCUUAACGUCCUGGAAUUUUCUAGUGACAGAAAGAGAAUGUCUGUAAUUGUUCGAACUCCUUCAGGCCAGCUUCGACUCUACUGUAAGGGGGCUGAUAAUGUAAUUUUUGAGAGGCUUUCAAAAGACUCAAAAUACAUGGAAGAAACCCUGUGCCAUCUGGAAUAUUUUGCCACGGAAGGCUUGAGGACUCUCUGUGUGGCUUAUGCUGACCUCUCUGAGCAGGCGUAUGAGGAGUGGCUUAAAGUCUAUCGAGAAGCCAGCACCAUCUUGAAAGACCGAGCUCAGCGGUUGGAAGAGUGCUAUGAGAUCAUAGAGAAGAAUUUACUGUUACUUGGAGCCACAGCCAUCGAAGAUCGCCUUCAGGCAGGUGUUCCAGAAACCAUAGCGACUCUAUUGAAGGCAGAAAUUAAAAUAUGGGUGUUGACAGGAGACAAACAAGAAACUGCGAUUAAUAUAGGAUAUUCCUGCCGGUUGGUGUCACAGAAUAUGGCCCUUAUCCUAUUGAAGGAGGAUUCCCUGGAUGCAACAAGGGCAGCCAUUACGCAGCAUUGCACCGACCUGGGGAAUCUGUUGGGCAAGGAGAACGAUGUGGCCCUCAUCAUCGAUGGCCACACCCUGAAGUACGCACUGUCCUUUGAAGUCAGGAGAAGCUUCCUGGAUUUGGCGCUUUCGUGUAAGGCGGUCAUAUGCUGCAGAGUGUCUCCUCUGCAGAAGUCUGAGAUAGUGGAUGUGGUUAAGAAGCGGGUAAAGGCCAUUACCCUUGCCAUCGGGGACGGUGCCAACGACGUUGGGAUGAUCCAGACCGCUCACGUGGGUGUAGGGAUCAGCGGGAACGAAGGCAUGCAGGCGACCAACAACUCGGAUUAUGCCAUCGCGCAGUUUUCCUACUUGGAGAAGCUCCUGUUGGUUCACGGCGCCUGGAGCUACAACCGCGUGACCAAGUGCAUACUGUACUGCUUCUACAAGAACGUGGUCCUCUACAUUAUCGAGCUUUGGUUCGCCUUUGUUAAUGGAUUUUCUGGGCAGAUUUUAUUUGAACGCUGGUGCAUCGGCUUGUACAAUGUGAUUUUCACAGCGUUGCCACCCUUCACCCUGGGAAUCUUCGAGAGGUCUUGCACCCAGGAGAGCAUGCUCAGGUUCCCACAGCUCUACAAGAUCACCCAGAACGCGGAAGGCUUCAACACAAAGGUUUUCUGGGGUCACUGCAUCAACGCCUUGGUCCACUCCCUCAUCCUCUUCUGGUUUCCCAUGAAGGCGCUGGAGCAUGAUACUCCGUUGGCCAGUGGCCAGGCCACAGACUAUUUAUUUGUUGGAAAUAUUGUUUACACGUAUGUUGUUGUCACUGUGUGUCUGAAAGCUGGUUUGGAGACCACAGCUUGGACUAAAUUCAGUCAUCUGGCUGUCUGGGGAAGCAUGCUGAUCUGGCUGGUGUUUUUUGGCGUCUACUCAACCAUCUGGCCCACCAUUCCCAUUGCUCCAGAUAUGAAAGGACAGGCAACCAUGGUCCUGAGCUCUGCACACUUCUGGUUGGGAUUAUUUCUGGUUCCCACGGCGUGUUUGAUCGAAGAUGUGGCGUGGAGAGCGGCCAAGCAUACCUGCAAGAAAACGUUGCUGGAGGAGGUGCAGGAGCUGGAAACGAAGGCCCGAGUGAUGGGGAAAGCGAUGCUUCGGGACAGUAAUGGGAAGAGGAUGAAUGAACGUGACCGCCUACUGAGGAGGCUCAGCAGGAAGACGCCCCCCACACUCUUCCGAGGAGGCUCCCUCCAGCAGUGUGUCCCCCAUGGGUACGCCUUCUCUCAAGAGGAGCAUGGAGCUGUCACUCAGGAAGAAAUCGUCCGUGCUUACGACACCACCAAGAAGAAAUGCAGGAAGAAAUAAGACGUGCGGGCGAUGUAUAUGUUCUGCCUCGAGAGCUGAUGGUCAAGGAAACCCUGUUCUAUGGCAGGAGCACAGAAGAAUCUGAAUUGUAGAUUAAUGUGAGCUCUGUGAGUCCAGGUCCCUUUUAUGAGAAGAGGGUCCAAGAGGCCACACGGAGUUUGGACUGAUCACACAAUGGAGAGAAUUGUACAUAGAGGGACUUCUCCCAUGCAUUCCUGUACUUUCCUUGGUUUAUCUCAGUUUCCCUGCAAACUGAGGUGUGAAACGUUCAAAGUCUGUUGUCAAGCAUGAAAUUACAACCCCGUCGUUGAACACGCCGUCCCAAAGCAUGCCGCCUCGGCACGUUGACUAUUUGAGCUGAAGGCCAUCGAGAAACAGCAGGUGCAGGAAGGGCUCUGUGAUCUCCCCCUUCUACCCAAAGGCAGGUCACAGCAUCGCCAAUGAGAAAGGUAGCCUCCCUGCACUGGGAAGAGAAGAAUGUUCUUAUCACUGGGGACUGGGGGUCGACACCGGAAUGGAUCUGUACAAACAAACCUCCUAGAAUAAGCCCGACCUUCCACUGGCUUCCCCCAUAUGUUGGUUUCCCUGUCUACUGCCCCUACACUGCAAGCCUCUUUGUCCAGUCACAUCCCCACAAUUUAUCUUUCUUUGUGUAAAAGGUAUAUAAGCGUCUGGGCCUAAUGGCUUCUUGGGGUCUUCAGUUUUCUUCUGAAGAUUCCCAUAUACACGUAAAAAUAUUAAAUAAAUGUGUAUGCUUUUCUCCU